AUGAAGUCGUUCGCCGCCGUUGUGGUCGCGACUGCCAUGCAGGGCGUUCUGGCCCUGCCGGCGGAACCCGUCCCCGAUCGUGAGGGACCGCUGCCAGACGACCAUGUGGUCAACACCCGGGAGGAUCUCGCAGGCCUCAGGAACAGCGCAUGCUACCAGAACUACGAAGGUCAGAUAAACCCUCACGGGUUGAUCAAGUAUCCUUGCAUUUCGGAGCUGGAGAUCGGCGCAUACUGCUCGGACAACUUUGAGAACUCGGAGAAGAAUAUCACCGACGUCAAGGGCAUGCAGAGUUGCAUGUUUGGCAGCGGAUCCACCUUUAAGACUGACUAUCUCUGCUGCAUCAAGUGCCGCACUGGGAAUGGUGAUGGCGCUGCGGGCUCAUAUGAGGCAAAUGAGAAGUUCAUCCACGAUCUCGAGGAUCUUUUUGUAACAAACAACGAAGAGAACCGCAAGUAUUCGCAGAUCGCUGAAGAGCUCCGCGGCAAAGUCGAGCCUGCCCGAGUCGAGAGAACGAUCCCUCCCGGCAACAUCAACAUACUGGAAUACUGCCCCAGCCCCCAGCGUCCGCAACAUGCUGGUGCUCCCAACUCGCUGCAGGCGCCACAGGAGCCACAGAAGCAGAACAACGGAGAGGGGAAGACUGAGGGGGCCACCGCCACCAUCGCCGCCCCCAAGGUCGCCAACACCAGCACUCCGGCGGCGGUCUCCCCCAAGGUCGCCAUAGUUCUGAUCAAGUCCUAUAUGCCUGCCUUGUUCUCGUAUGGAGACAGCAGGCUUAGUGCAAACACCUCUGUCACCGGCAAUACCGCCAUCGCGCAUGUCUGGACCACAUCUGAGCUUCAUGUCUGCGCGACAUGCGCCGCACCCAAUCUGAACUCGAUCACUCAGGAGGAAAACCAAAAGUUCGCUCUGGACAACACCAAGCUUGUCACAAUCAAGAUAACCCCGGAUUUGGGGACUGUCCAGAGGUUUUUACUGUCCGAUUCUUAUGCCCGGGACCUACCCAGGAUUGACAAGUGCCGCUGCUUUACGGACUUGCCCAAAGGCUUCACCCCCACCAACGACGCUGCCAUGAGCAACGGCCAAGAUGACGCUAGCUUGAGCGUCUCCGUCGGCGUCUCUGUUCUCGCUAUCUCUUCUAUCACUUCUGUUACUGCCGACGCGGGCCUUCGUGUCGCACCUGUCGAACGGGAGCAGAAUCAGGUGUCUCCGGCCGGCACCCCCGGUAAGCUGGACGUGUCUGCCAGCAACAAACAGCCUGAGGAGCUCCCGUACUGCGAGAAUUAG